GAGCGUUCGAACGGUGCGCACCUGUUGGCGGUUUCUUGCUUGUCUGGUUGGUGAAAUUUUCCAUUAUUUCGCGUUAUUUAUGUGCAAAAUCUAAUUGAAAAUAACGUGCAACAGCGCUGCACGCAAAAACAUCAAUCAAAUCUCGGCGAUUGCAAUCGUGUGAUUGAUGGAAACGCUUUGAGCUUAAACACACACGGUCAAAGCCAAAACAUGCCUCGCCAAGGCACGGUUCAUCAAUAAAAGAAACGAAAUACCUUUGAUAAAUAAUAGAAACCCCUGACAAUAAGCCUCAAAGAGGUAAAACAGUGACGUAGUUUAUGCAAACAUGCGACGAAAGCCACAGAAUUUAACACACAACACACAGUCGAGUAGAUCCGAAGACAGAGGCGGAGGAGGAGGCGGAGUUGGACUGGGACUCGCAGUUGGAGCUGGAAGAAGGGGCCGCGGCACCUCCCAGCAGUCAGCCAUUUCCAACAAUAGAAUGCCAAGAGACCAUCGACACUUGGUGGCCCUGGCCGUGUCGACGUUGCCACUGGCUCUUCUGCUGCUCCUCGUUCAAACAGCAGCUGGCCAGCACGAGAGCAUCUCGCAGAUCUCGCCCAAGUCGAGCAGCCACCGCAGUCCGGCCCGCCUGAGCAUCGAGAGCACCGUGGCGGACUCCAUCAACGGCCUGGCCGAGAGUGCCCCCUCGCCCCGCGACCCCAACGAGAACGAGACGCGGGCGGAGCGGGUGGAGCGCUCGGCGUCGCCCAUUCUGCACGAUCGCCAGCCCGCCGGACCCAACGACGUGCACUUCCCGGAGGAGCUGGAGAAGGACGUGUCCGCCGGGCGGUACUUUCACUACAACAUCAAGCCCACGGGAACGUACGACAACCAGGAGGAGCAGCCGGAGCGCACACACCAGGCGUCCGGGAUCAGGGUCGGGAAAACUCUGUCGCGGAUCAGCAGCAGCACUGGCAGCACCACUGGCAGCAGCUCAGAGCAGUCUUUUUUAGGGCGGGGGGACCUGCGACCGCUUGCGUCGGGGUCCCCGAUCCGGCCGAGUCCGAGCAGUACUGCCACCUCGUCGACGGCGGCCAGUGCCACGCAGGCGCCGCAUAGUCCGCGCCAGAACGGAAACCCCGACAUCCAGGACAUCAUCACGGGCAUCGUGAAGCUGCUGAACGGCAACGUCAAUGUGCACGCCAACACGCAGGGCGUGCGGCGACCUUCGGCCAGCAGGAUCAACAACCGCGGUCCGCCGCGCAUCUCCGAGGCCCAGAACCUGCCCAUCGACUACGAGGCCCAGAAGCCUGGCACCUCGAUGCGGCCGCCCCCCUACCCCUUUGACCGUCCGGAGCGUCCCUUCAUCACCGGCGUGCCCAUUCCCGAGCAGAUUGUGCCCGUGCGUCCGGGCUUCGUGAGCAACCGUCCGCCGUGGUACCGCAACAAGCCACGCCCACCCAUCGCCACCAGUGUGGGCGGCAACCGGCGACCCCUGCCCCAGUACAAGCCCCUUCCAGCUCCGCAGGUGCAGUCCCAACCCUCCAUUCCAGCCCAGGAUCAAGCGGACAAGGAGAAGGAGAAGGAAGCGAGUCACCAGGGGGAGCAACAGGUGCAUCAAACGGGAGACGACAUGGUGCAACCCACCGAUACCACCUACGACUCGGAGUUCUCCAACGAAGAUGCCAAUGCCCAGUACAUCGAGGUCUCCGACCAGGACACGGAUGCCACUGGCGGUGGCGAGGUGGACGACGAGCUGCAGCCGCCUCCCGUCCCGCCCUCUACCACGAGCAAUCCCCCAACGCCCCCAACAACACCCUCGAAGAAGAAACACAAGCCCAAGCCCGGAAGUGACAAGAAGAAGCUGUCGGAGGAGGAGGACGUCACCACCAUCAUUGAGACCAGCUCGGUGGUGCACACCGUGAUGGGCAUGUCCUCCACCUACGUGCCCAUGUCCAUGGACAGUGCGGAGAGCCUCGGUCUGGAUCCCUCCACCGAGGAGGUGAUCUUCAUGACCGCCAAUCGCACCCCCGGCCUGGACACCAGUGCCACCUCCUUGCUGGGCAUCUCCUCGGCCUCCAGUUCGGCCUCGGCCAUCCGACCCACUACCACUACCUCGACCACCACCACCACCAGUACCACCACCAGUACCACCACCAGUACCACCACCAGUACCACUACCAGUACCACCACCAGUACCACUACCAGCUCCACCACAACCACCACCCCGCCAUCAACUUCGAGUUCCACCGAAAGUGCGCCACCUAAUAGUUCCAAUGCUAACACCACUCCGCCCGCCCCCUACCACCCCCGUCCCGGGAUAGUCCUCGACGACCCCGAGUUCAAGCCCGGCGGUCGGCCACGCCCACCCGGCCAGCGGCCGCCUCCCCAGCAGACCAUGCCCCUGCCGGCGGUUCAGCCCACGCGCCAGCAUCUGCCGCCCGGCUACGGGGAGAUCUUCGACGUGACCCUGUCCGCCAUCCAGGGCCCGGGGCCCAAGGGCAGUGGCUCCCAGCAGACGAUCAACAUCAAGCCCUACGGCAGCUACGCGGCGGGUGGAGGUCAGGGCGACAUCAUCGUGUCGGCUUCAGAUCCCCCAGCGGGGGCCACGACCCCGGCCACCCGACUUCCCCAGCUGCCAGGCACUGGCUCGGGAUCAGGAUCAGGAUCUGGAUCAGGAUCGGGAUCCUCACCAGGAGUGAGUGUUAGUGGUGGUGGUUUGCCCAGCUCCCCUGCUGUGCCGCCCAACGCGGUAACUCAGAGCAGUGGAGGCUAUGUGGUGCCCGAAACGGAGGUGGUGGACCUGCAGGGGCACAGCAAGCCGCAGGGCGGAUCCCCGACGACGAAUGCCGGACCCACGCGACCGCAUUACCGCCAGCGACCCACGCAGCCGCCCGUGAGGAUCGACACCUGCAUUGUGGGCGACGACUCCACCUGCGACCAGGCCCAGCACGAGCGCUGCAAAACGGACAACGGUGUUUCUAGCUGCCACUGCCGACCAGGCUACUCGCGACGCAAGCACCGGGAGCCGUGCCGACGGGUCAUCUCCUUCCAUCUGGGCAUGCGCGUGGACCGCAUCUACGAGCACAGAAUCGUCUGGGACACCAAACUGAUGGACAAGCACAGCGAACCCUUCGGCCAGCUCAGCUACGAAUCGAUUCGGGCGUUGGACUCUGCCAUGUCAAUGACGCCCUACUCGGACGAGUUUAUGGAGGCGAAGGUGAACAACAUCUACCGGGGCGAUCCGAACCUGGGCGGAAGCGGCGUCUAUGUGAACUUGACCAUCAAGCUGGACGAGAGUGUGGAGACUUUGCGACCCAACCUGCGCAGCGACGUCCAGAAGCACCUUCUGGGCGUUCUCCACCGGCGGAACAACAACAUCGGCAACUCCGUGUUGUACGUGAGCUCCCCGGAGGGAGCGGUCUCGGCCCUCCAGGACCUGGAUGAGUGCCAGUCGCCGGAGCUGAACGACUGCCACCCCGGGGCCAGCUGCAGCAACACCUGGGGCAGCUUCCGCUGCGCCUGCGAGGCGGGCCUGCGCGAUCCGUGGGCUGACCAGCCGGCGCGGUCCGGACGCGAGUGCCAGGCUUGCGCCGACUCCGUGUGCAACAACCACGGCACCUGCAGUUACGGCGAUGACGGCGCCCAGCUCUGCUCCUGCGACUCCAGCCACUAUGGCGCCCAGUGCGAGAUCGACGGCGAGGUGCUGGGCGUGGCCAUCGGCGCCUCCGUGGCAGCCAUCAUCAUCAUCGUCCUGACCCUGGUGUGCCUGAUCAUGUGGUCGCGGCGCUGGCAGCGCGAGCAGAAGAACGCCAUGGGCUCACCGGUGUUUGGGUACAUGAACACAGCGCCGCUGAAGUCCGCCGGUCUGCCCCAGGCCGGCUACCAGGUGACUCUGGAGGACCGCAUGCGCUGGGCCCAGAUAGCCGACGUCAUGGCCCAGACGAACCACUACGGGCAGGCUGAGCCGAUCGGACCCACUCGCCCCUCCUCGGCGAUGUUUGCGUACCCCAACCUGGGGGCCAUGGGCAUGGGCACCCUGGGCGGGAUGUCACUUCAGAGCACCAUGCAGAUGCAUCCCAGUGCCACUCUGGCCCCUCCCGUGCCAUUGCCCAGAAGACUUGGCCUGGGUCCCCGCUCAAACGGAAUGCGGACACUGGAGAACUCCAGCUCCAGCGAGGAGGAGGACCGCGCUGAUCUGCUGGGUCGCAACUUCCAAGUGCCACGCCCCAAAAGUCGCAGCAACGGCAGCAUAGCGAACCAAUCCGGCAUCUAUUACGAUGUGGACUACGAGCCGUCCGGCAAUGGGAUCGGCAACUCGAGCGUGGACCACCUGUACGGGUCGCACAACCAGUCCGUGACGCACUCGUCGGGCCACAGCCACAUCCCGGGACCCCAGGGCAUUCCGAUGAGCACGUACACCUCCGGUCGGGGUCCUAGCAGCUACUACAUGAAGUGACCAUUGGCCGAACAGAAUCCACAACCCUGUACAUACGCAACCUAGGCUAAGCCGACUAACACUAAAACCCUUUUCCACUGCAGUCCCCGCGGCGACUGCAGCUGAGACGCGUUUUGAAGAACCCCUUUUUAGCAUGAGAAACGUAGACUUAGGACUAUCCGUAGGUUCCAUCUAGAUGUACACAAUGCAAGCAACAACUAAUCAUUAAUUUUAAAGCCUACUUUAAAAAUUUAAAUUAUUUCACUGCUGUCCACUCAAAGUCAAGUCCCAUAAAAUAGUUGCUUAGUUUAUUUUAACUUAAUUAAAUAAAAUAAAUAAAAUUUUACAUAAUGCAUUAAGUUUACAAAGCAAGAAUGUCUGUUUAUGUAUAUAAAUAAAUAAAAAAUCUAAUUUUACUGUGAA